AUGGAAAAACAGUCGAUAAUUGUAGAUGGCCGGUGAUUAAGGAGCAAACUCUCUUCUUACCGACUCUGUCAGAGAGUCGUUUCAUCGAGUAGGAUUUCCUUUCUUUUCUUCUUUUUUUUCUCCUUUUCUGGGAAAAACGGAAACAACGUUAUUCCGAGUAUGAUCGUGAAAUCUAAUUUGCUCGACGUUCGCCUUCUUAGCCGGCGAACGGCCGUGGUUUAAAUUAGCGAAGAAAAUCUGUAGAUUAGUUAACGAGGUUGAAUACGAACUCGGCGAAAUUGGCUCAAUUAAAAGCUACGGGCCAGCUGUCCCGACGAUUGUGCCCCGUCACGUGACUGGUCCUUUUUCCCCUGCGUUCUUUCUUCUCCUUUCGAUCUCCUCCUCCGUAUUUCGAGAUGCAUCGAUACUCGAUGGGCCGUCAUUAAUCAUGCACUUUUGUACACACGCUCGUCGAUGGGACUCCCCGCGAGGGACAUAAUCUCGUGGCCCGGCGAUAAAAAUGAACCCUCUCGCGUCGUGAUUCCGAUUGCUCGAUCGAGACCGAGGGCCCGUUAUUAACUCGCGCAAGAUUUUCGUCUAUUUGCACGAAUUUGAUCGCUAUAUUUUGUAACAUCAGGUUUAAGUUAGGUUAGGUUAGGUUAGGUUUCGUAAGUUAAACAUCAUUUAGGUUAGGUUAGGUUUCGUAAGUUAAACAUCAUUUAGGUUAGGUUAGCUUUCGUAAGUAAUUUUUUAAUCUUUGCCGACAAAUUGGUAAUGGCGCGUUUGUCGUCAAAUUCGACAGAUCUCAAUAUCUCAUUAGCAGCAACUAUCUGAUCAUUAUCUUUUCUCCAAUAACCACAUCAAAACCAGCUGAAUUCCAAUCGUAUUAGAGCAUAAUUGUUGCUUGUAUUUUAUUAAUAAAUAAAGUUGCUUUUAUCGAGACGGAAAUUAUCUGUAAUAUUCUAACCUCUGGACGUGAUCAGUGAUGUCGUGCGUUUCCUGAAGGACUAUUAAAUUAUUAUUAAUUUCUUCUUUCAUCAUUUUUUAUUAAUAUUAAGAUAUAACAUUACAAUGUAAAAUUAUCCUUGUCAAGUUUGAACGAACGAAGGUUAAAGUGAAAGAUAAAUACAACUUUUUGGUCAUGUCGAAUUUCAUUCAAUUCAUACGCCGAAGGGGUUGUUUUUUUUCCUUUUUCGUCAUAUUCAUCUCGCGAAAUAUUGUUUCAGGACAUGGAUCUGAUCGAAGUGCUCUGGAAGCAAGACGUGGAUCUGGGAUUCACGUUGGUGGAGCCAACGACAACAGCGAAGAAAGCGCCCACCGUGGAAAAGGGAUCCGACGACGAGAUCGAGAAAUUGAAGGCUCUCGAAGCGAUCAACGGGAGCAGCGAGAAGGUUAGUUUACACACAUACCUAUAGCAUAUUUCGUCGCGACACGUUUCGAACCAGGGAUCGAGAUUAUCCUUUAAGAAUAGAAAUUAAAAGUUUCGUUUAAAAAAAAAAAAAAAAAAAACAAGGUUUAA